UCUGCCGGCCCCGCGAUCGGGCGCUUUGGCUAUCGGGCUGUCCGAUUAUGGCCAAAUAUCUCUCCCCAUAGCUCAUGUAUUGCCGGAACAAGUAGAGGAACAGUGCUGCAUGCGGGAAGAUUCAAGAGGGAUGACCCAUGCAUCUUUUCCGUCACCAUGCUGAACCAGUCUCGUGCAAAGCGACCGGCCCUGCGCCAGGCCGCAUCACCGCGAAGCGAGCUUUCUAAGGCCUCCGCCAAAGCUGCGACACCAGUCACGGACGAUCGCCAGUUGCCGUGCGUUUGGGGGCAGCCUUUCCCCGUGAACGGCCAGGGAGUGAUGAUCUUCAACACGGACCGCCACAUGAUGCCCUUCUACGCCUGCGUGGAGGACGAGGACCCAAGCAGCAACGUUCUGGCUCUGCACGUCGGCGUGGGCUACGCCUCGUUCGUCAUGAACAGCGCCGGAGACGCCAACCCGACCGAGCUGAGGCGGGUCACCGAGGCCGACACGCCCAGGUGCGGGGUGGAGGAAGGCAAGGUGUCGUACUGGUACAGCUACGACCGCGACAACCUGGUGCUGAAGUACGGCAAGGGCUACCGCAUGGAGGAGAGCACGCUCAUGACGCACGACUUCUUGGAGGGGGUCACGGACGAGGAGGACCAGAUGAAGAUCAGGGAAGACUUGCAGCCGUUCUUCACCGCCGAGGUUCAGAAGUUCGUCAGGCAAUACGACGAAAAAGCCAGCAUACAGAUGUAUGCCGCAAGGGGAACCGAAGUGACGGAGCCGAUGGUUGAGUUCGACAAACAGCCUCUCAUCUGCAACCUCCCGCCGACGGUCAUGGACAGCUCCAAGGCCAACCUGUUCGAGCUGGACAGGGGCGACCACAUCUUCUCUGCCAGCCUGCCGGCGGCCUGCAAAGAGCUGUACUCCAACGUGGCCAACUGCGAGCUGAAUUACACGGAGGUAGAGGGGGAGAAGGUGCUACUAUCGGACGCCAUCCGAUACAGCCUGGCCUACGGCAUCCUGAAGGACAAGAUCGAAAGCAAAGUGGGCGAGCUCGGCGACAACCCAAACGAGACCUACUUGCGCGUCACGCUGGGCAGCAGUCUCGGCAAAUCUCCGGGAAUCCCGUACGUGCUGGAGAUUUGGCCAGGGGGCCAUUACAGCCCCAUCCACAACCACGGCAACGCCAAUGCCGUCAUCAAGGUCCUGUUCGGGUCCAUCACCAUCGACAUCUACAACAAGCAGUCGGAGACCAGUUCCCACGACCCCCUGUUCACGUUCGAGGCGUGCGCAGGAGACGCGACUUGGCUGAACCGCAACUGGUACCAGACCCACAAGCUGCGCAACCCCGGGAAAGAGUACUGCGCCACCAUUCAGUGCUACAAUUACGACGCUGGCGACACUACGUACUGGCCGUAUUUCGAUUACGUGAGCGAGAACCAGACCAUUGACGAAUUCUACCCAGGUUCUGAUUUUGGCUUUCUCGAAAUGCGUAGUCAGGUCAUGAAGGAAUACACUGAUUUUGUAUACGGCACUAGCUCUUAGGUUGCUUGCGCAAGUUUUUUUCAGCACGCAAUUGACACAAGUUUGGGUUGUUUGUAAUUCCUUUAAUGUUUGUUUAAUUUUUCAUCCUAAAGGCCUAAAGAAUCCUUUGUCAUUAUAGGGCCUACACUCGUUCACAUUUCAUGAAGCUGAUUUCGAUUAAAUUCAGUUUGAUUAAAUUUGAUUGCUUCGGUUCGAUUAUAGAUUGGUCUCAGUUUUAAUUUAGCCUGCAUUUAGUGUACUUAAUUUGAUAGAUUAGUUUUGACUGGAUUGGAGAAAAUUAAAUAUGAUAUCGUAUUAUUUUGUAGUUAGUUUGGGUGACUUGGUUUGAUACGAUUUGUAAAAGUUCGAUAUUAUUUUUUUGGCUUUGAAUGUUUGUUUGGUUUUGUUUAGUAGCAAAACCUCAAUUUUCAGGACAAGGAGUGAGCCUAAGUGUUAAUGUAGGCCUAAAGAUUUAAAACAAAAUACUGUAGGUUCUUUUUUGGUGGUUUUAUUUCAAUUCUUUUGAGGGUAAUUAUUAUCUCAUGUUAAUGAAUAAGACACACAUUAAAGUAAUCAGGGACUGGUUUUCCGAUAAACCACCCAUGAUACGCCUGCACCUUAAUAUUUUCAAAAGAUGGAAUUUUUGUCGGGGUGAUUGAUAUUGGUAUUGUGUUUUGCCCUUCACCGACGUAUUUACUUUAUUCUCAGUGUUGUCACGAGUGAUUGUGAAAAAAAUCCCUUGAGACAAUCAACUAAAUAUUAAAGAAAAAAUGGCGGAGAUCGGGGGGGGGGGCGGAAUCUGCCCCCUCCCCCGGCUGAGAGAUGGUCAAAAUAACCCGGCCCUUUUAGGGUUAAAAUAGGCACGUGCGCACGUUUCCCUUGGUUCCGGUGCAAGACCACUAGUUUUAUUUAGCGCGCCCUUUCUCAAAAGAAACGUUCAGUUGUUGUUUGACGUUUUUCUCACGAAAUGGAAUCUUCUUAUGUAACACAUCAAGACCGAUCACUGGCCGAACUUACAACUUAAUACAGCUGGGCCUGGUGGGCUCGGGUUAUUGCCCAAGUAACGAGUGGUUCAUGAUUUUUCCACGGAGGUUGACUUUCUGUUCUUUCAUUCGGUUUGUAUUUUUCGCGUUUAAAAUAUUAUAUUUCUUUCGGUUAUAUUCUUUUUUGUUGUUUGACGGUUUCACAUCAAAUUUAAUCUCAUAUUUUUACACAAUCAUCAUGACAAAACACUGGACGACAUUUCAAUUUUGAAAUACAGAACAAACUCGUUUUGGGGGCAACAACUCAAAAAACAAUAGGGCCUAGAUGUAUUUAAUUAAAAUUUUAAACACCUUGCA